UGCCCUACAGGUUACCGGCUCUAUGUUUAUAUUUGAGAGUUCCCUCGAGAAACUUAAAUACAAGUGUUUUUUUUAAAACAAAGACACGUGAUUUUCUUCGGCUGUUUGUCAACAUGAGUGAAAGUGACGGUUUUAGUUUCAACGGCGGCACUUUGGGAGUGAAUGGCUGUUCAGAUAACAGAAGAGAACCGAAAAAACGUGUCAGAGAAAUAAAGAAGCUGACAAGACCAAAGCCAUUGAACGUCAGUUUAAGCAGCAGAGAUUCCCACAGAUCGACCCCAAGGAGCAUAAGCAACAGCGAGUGUGAAAACAGAAACGAGCCUGUAUCGCUCGAUACCGCGCGAGAAUUGAUUAAAGAUGUAAAAAGUCAGUUGGAAUCACUGGUUCUCCGUCGUAAUGUUUAUGCUGAUCAAAAGGCCAAAGACAGCGUGACACUCGAGGAUCAGAUUUGGAACAGUAAUAAGCGUACAUCCAUACUGUUUAACAAGUUGCAACAAAUAUCAAAAGUUCAAGUGCCAAAUCAAUCGAUUUCAAAAAAAGUCAGUGAAAAAAGGAACUUGCAAGUGGGGUCUGUAGACUUACAAAAUAAAUCCUAUGAUUCAUUGAAUACUGAUGAACGUUGUAAGAAUGUAAUAUCAGAAGUCAAUGAAAAAUCACAGGUGUGGUCGUUGUCGAAUAAGAUAUGGCCUAUUAACUGUCAAAUACCGUCUACAGAGUCACUCUCCUUAUCGCUAAUGGAUCCUUUAAUCGUGACAUAUUCUCAUUCUGGAUUACUAUGUGCAACUAAAGAAAGCGUUUCAUAUGCAUCACAUCAAAGUUUUACAUCGACUACAAGCGGGUACAGUCAAUCCCCAGCCAAAGAAAAAUUGAAUCCAGGGUCUCCUCAGAUUAGUAAAAAUCCUAGAGGACAGAAUCAACAUUUGUGCAAAGAUAAGCACGAAGCCCUUAAACCAGGCAGCAAUCAUCAAGCCAACAAAACAUUGGAAACAGUUGAGAACGAAUCGAAAACUGAAUCUGAUACUCGAAGAAGAACAUCAAAAAUGUUUGCAAAACUGAAGAAAAUGGCAGCCGAGAGGAAAUCCGACAGCUUUUCAGAAACCGGCCAAUCUGACUCUUCGAUUCCCCAGACAACGCCCGAUCCAACAUCAUUACAACCUUCUGCCCAACAAAACAUAUCAGACGAACAAAAAGUGAUCUCUUUUUCCGUUUCUAAUUCAAACGAGCCUAAUUUGGAAAAAACGACCUCACUUUCUUCUGCUGCUCAUCCGAACACGCCUAAUACUGUUCAAAAACCUUCUGCCGUUCUUUCCGAACUUGAUAUUCCGACCCUAGAUAAACUCACCUACGCCAAGAAUCGCCUACGUGACGUCAAAAAAUGUUUCAAUUGUGGUAGUGUUGAACACCUUUCCACAGAAUGCCCAGAACCGUCGAUCGGUAAAUUUUGUUCAAGCUGUGGUUGGGAAAAUGUUACGAAAGAAAGGUGUCGAUUAUGCUCUGGCAAAUCGAGGAAGCAACAUUCAAAUGGUAAUAGGUCUACGGUUCGUGGUGAUUAUACUCGAUAAGAAGCUGUGAAGAUAUAAUACUUUUUAAUAGUCACAUUUUAAACGGUAUUUUUAAGUAGAUUAACGGCAAGGAUGUUCAUCUUUUGUACUAUAAUUUAUUUGUUGGAAAAAAAAGUUGUUUUUUUUUGCUGACCUUGAGUCAACAAAUUGUGUGUCCUUGUUAUUAAAAGUCAACAGAUGUUAGUGUUUAACUGUCAAUCUGGAAAAUAGUUUGUUAAACUCACUUGGUAUUAAGUAUCGUUAAAGAACGUGUGAUUUUAAGUAUUUUCGAACAAAUCGCAAGGUAUUAAAUUUAUUCCUUACGACUAUAUGUACGUCGACCAGUGUACCUGCAAUAAA